CAACAAUAAAAGGGGCCAGGCAGGUCGAAUAGGCAAAGCGAUUUAGCCAUUGGGUAAGGAGGCUUAUUAGAUACUCCAUCAGCAACGCCGCCAAUCCUUUCACAAGCAGUGUCCCCGCCGGCGAUUGCACUAGUUUCAAAACUUUGAGAUCUGAAAGCUCUUUCUGCAGACAGAGCCGAAGUUGAAAAAGAAGCAACGCACGAGAAGAACGUCGGCAGUGCAGAAGAAAGGGCUGAAGAAGAGGUGUUUUUGGUUUUGGGUUUUAUUUUUCAAUAUAUAAUUUUUUAAUUAUAGAGGACCGGACCAGGAUGAACCGAGUUGGACCGUAAACAGAAAACAAACCGCCAGUUCAGUCCGAAAACAUGCAUUAAACAGGGGAAAGCAAAUGGACCGACGAGUCGAGAUGGCCGAUACCGGUAAUCGUGAUUCGCAGAAGCCUCCUAUGCACAAGCCUUAUCAGGCAGCCCUGAACGACAAAUGGGAAUCUCUGAAGGACUUCUACAAGGACAAUGUUAGUUUGCUGUUUAUUCCUGUAACGCCCGCUGGGGACAAUGCGUUUCACUUGGCAGUGUUCAGCAAAAGCAGUGAACCGCUUCAAUCUUUACUUGAAUUUUCCAGAGGUGAUGAUUUUAUUAAGUACAGCUAUUUAGAAAAAAAUGGCUACGGGAACACACCUCUUCAUGAGGCUGCAGCCAAUGGGAACCUGAAGGCCGUAAUGGCCUUGGACAAUCAUAAUAGUAAGCUCCUCGAGGUAGAAAAUGUAGUUGAAAAUGAGAAUGAGUUCCUUGCUGCUGUGAAUAAGAGAGGCGAAACCCCGCUGUUUAAAGCUGCUGCUUUUGGGAAAAUAGAAGUGGUGGAGUAUUUAGCUCCAAAAUCAUUAAAAACUGAGACCAGAUAUAUAGAAGGAAAAACGAAAGAAGUAACUAAGCUUAAAGACGUUCACUGCCAAAGCAAACGCAAUAUGCCUGGUGCCACUGAUAAAGAAGGAAUGGAGAAAGUGCCUGAUGCCUCCAUUCUGCACGUUGCCAUCACAGGAAACCAUUUUGAAACGGCUCUAUAUUUACUGGAUCUAGAUGAAUCGUUAGCAACACUCAAGGACCGAAAUGGCCAGACCUCUCUUCACCUACUAGCAACUAUGCGCUCAGCUUUCGAAAGUGGAUAUCGAUGGGGCACAUGGAUCCACAGAGUCUUCUAUUUCUGCCUUCCAAUCAGUGAUGAUGCAAAUGAUGAUAAAAAAGCUACUACAAAAAUUUCGAAAGGGUGGCUUAUAUUACUGAGAAAAAUAUGUGCACUAGUAAGCAGUAGCAUCUUGGAAAAAAAGAGAAAUCAUAAACUUGCUUUGAAACUAGCGGAGAGACUAAUAGAAAAAGAUUCUUCUUGGGAGCUGGCACCAGAUUCUCAAUUUGAGGAAGACCAGCCUAUACCUCCCACAGGAGAUGCAGGAGAUAAUAGGCCAACCGCGUUAUUGCUGGCAGCUGAAAGAGGAAUAGUAGAGAUUGUGGACAGGAUACUAGAAGAAUGCCCACAGCUAGUUGAGCAAGAAAAUGAUAUGAAUGAGAACAUAUUGCAUGUGGCAAUUAAGCACCGUCAAUUUGACAUAUUCAAUCGUGUGAAAAAUAUGAAAAUACCGAUGACAAGGUUAGUCCGAAAGGUUGACAAAUAUGGCUGCACCAUUUUACACCAUGCUGCAGUCAUGAGGCCACAGAAUACAAAGAUUCACCCAGCCGGACCUGUGUACCAACUCCAGGAAGAGAUUAAGUGGUACAAGCGGGUAGAGAAGAUUACGCCCACCCACUACGCCAUGUUGCACGACGAGACUUGCGAACAGCUAUUCAAUUUGAAUCACAAUGAACUACUCGUUAAAGCACAGCAAUGGAUAAAAGGUACUUCUCAGUCUUGCUCUGCAGUGGCUGUUCUUGUUGCUACAGUGGUCUUCGCCGCUGCCUACACUGUACCUGGAGGUUCCAAUGACAACGGGUAUCCAAUUUUCCUCAACAACAGUCUCUUCUUGGUUUUCACAGUCAUGGACGUUAUUGCUUUGGCCUCCUCUUUGACAUCCGUUGUAAUGUUUUUGUCCGUCCUCUCAUCGCCUUCUACGUAUGAUGAAUUCCACCACGAACUCCCUAGAAAACUCACAGUAGCCUUCUCCUUGCUAUUCAUUUCUUUGGCUACAACAAUGAUUGCAUUCGCGGCAACAUUAUUGCUCAUAGUUCGUUUGGAAAAGCCACGUUGGACCACCACUCUCAUUUAUACUGCCGCUUUUUUUCCCGUCAGCAUAUUUGCACUUAUGAAUUUUCCCGUGUAUACUGCGUUUGGGAAAACUUUGCUCAAGUUGUAUCGGAGAUUGUCUAAGAAUUGGCCUGUCAAAAAGCCGGCACCGACCAAGAAUCUAGCUUCCGGACAGGGUUCCAUUGCAGACCACAAUAAGUAUUGUCUCCAAGUCUGAGGGAUAUCUAUAGAAGUUGCUAUGAAGCUAAACGAGGAGGCUGACAUGUCCCUGAUGCGAUAGAUAUUACAAAUAAGUGCAACCGUAAGUGUUGGGAUUGGGAUUGAGCAAGUUCUAAGGGUCACAUAAAAAAACUUAUUUUACUCCGUUUUUGUGGAAUUUUAUUUUAAACAGUCCCUGUUAUUUUCGUAGAGUUUUGUUGUACGUAUGUAAAUGGAUGUAUACAGUUGUUUUUGUGUAUGGUUGUAGAUGUGGCUUGGGUUGGUUUGUUUUUUAGUCUUUGUGCGAGGAGCUCUCUCUUGUUUUCAAUCUUGUUUUUGUUUAACAGGAUAGAAAGACACAGGGUGAUGUUCUUAGGUUGUUGUUUGUCUUCGGCUUUGAUGUUUCCUUUGUUUUGGACUUUUGGAUCCUUUUGCUUUGUUUAAUAUAUAUUUACUUUAGCGAAAAAAAAUAAGUACAACCGUAAGUGUUGGGUUUGGGUUUGGGUUUUAGCAAGUAGUAAGGGUCACAUAAAAAAAUUGUUUUACUCUGUUUUAGUGGAAUUUUAUUUAAACAGUCUCUGUUAUUUUAAGAGAGUUUUUUAUAUUGAAUUUAUAAAUUCAAAACAUUUUAUGUAUUUUUAUUUU